UAUGAGACAACUUUUCCUCUUCCAACACUGGCCUAUUAGAGGAGCGCACCUCUGCAGCCAAUCACAGCCCUCCUCUGCUCAGCUCCUCUAAUCGUGGAUUAGCUACAACCGACUGCAGUCUGCAGCUCUGGAGGAGGGAGGGAGAGAUACAGCCGCUGCCAUUCACUCUCUCUACUCACCAUCUAUUUUAUUAUUAGCUCUGGUGGAUCUGGCAGCAGCUGAGCUUCUUUUCUCAGCAGCAGCAGCAGCAGCAGCGGGGACUUUUGCAUAGGCGCACAUUAUAGUGAUCUCAGGUAAAGGUGUGUGGGAGUCGAUGGAAGCUUGUAGGUCAGGUUAUAGGACUCAAUUGAUGGCCCUUUUCAUUUAAAAACCCAACACCGUCGCUCCGUUUUCGCGUCCCCCCCCCUCAAGAUGUUCAAGACGGCCAACUACCCGACGGUGGAUCCGGCGCCCACCAUCAUGCACGGCUCUUGGUUUGCCACGACGGGCUGCAGAGAAACGCCCGUAGCGGUGCAGAAACCCAAGAAAAAGGCGUUCAGCCUGGUCAAGAUAAUGUCUCUGAACAGCAACAAGAAUAAAGGGCACGGCCAGUAUCCGCACCACCAGCACAACAACAACAUGCCCUUUACCAUCCACUGUCACAUUGGGAAGGAGAUCAAGCACAUUUGCAGCAAUUGCAGCCGAGGAAACGACACUCAGGACGCUGAGGAAGUAGAGAGGCUGGCCGCCAUGCGUUCCGACUCCCUGCUCUCCGGCACCCACACGCCACCCAUCCGUCGUCGGAGCAAGUUCGCCACUCUGGGACGCCUCCUCAAGCCCUGGAAAUGGAGGAAGAAGAAGAGUGAGAAGUUCAAGCAGACCUCUGCUGCUUUGGAAAGGAAGAUGUCAAUGCGACAGAGCAGAGACGAGUUGAUCAAGAGAGGAGUGCUGAAAGAGAUCUUUGAAAAAGCAACCGUUGAGUUCCGAUCCUCGAUGGACGGCGGCGUCUGCACUCAGGAGCCCUCUCUUAAGUCAUCUAUGGUCCUGCCCACCAAGAAAUCUGUCACCUACAAGAGUGACCAUCAGGAUAUCCCCGCCAAGCCGUCGCUGUACCACAAACAGCCUCCCGCUCUCCCUCCAAAGCCUUUCUCUAGGAUCCCAAACCAUAGCACAGAUUCUUGCCAGCCAAUGAAGUUGCCCUGCAUGCCCGGGGGAAAGCACUCUCCGCCCCUGCCUCCCAAGAAAGUGAUGAUUUGUGUGCCUCAAGGGGGGCUGGACUCCCCGUCUCCGUCCCCCAACCCCCUCUGCGCUCUCUCCCAAAAGUGCGGCCCUCCGCAGGGCGUGCCCCAUCACCACGGCACCCUGCUGCCCUCUCAGCUCGCUGCUCUGUCUGGCCUCCACCAGAGCCACGGUCACCCGCUCCAGCUACAGUACGGCAGCUUGCACGCGCCCAGAAGCAUCAUCGAGGAGCUCAACAAAACCCUGGCGCUCUCCAUGCAGAGGUUUGAAAGAUCUCGUUUUCCUCCCUUUCACUCCGCUAGCUCUGCGUUGCACGGCGUCGGUCAGUGUCUGCCACUGGACAGGAGGGAAGUGCCGUCUGUGAUCAUCGACUAUGAGGACGACAAGGAGAACAUGCCCAACGAGUGCGACUACGAAGAUCUGCCCAGCAUGUAUAAGGACGAGGACGACGAUGUAGAUGACGACGAGGAUGACGACGAAGAUGACGACACGAUAUUUACAAGUUCCCUGGCUCAGAAGGUGCUGAGGAAAGACUCCCUGGCCAUCAAGCUGAGCAACCGUCCAUCCAAACGAGAGCUGGAGGAGAAAAACAUCCUGCCCAUGCAGACAGAUGAGGAGAGACUGGAGUCUAGGCAGCAGAUAGGCACCAAACUCACACGGCGCUUGAGUCAGAGACCCACAGCGGAGGAGCUGGAACAGAGGAACAUCCUCAAACUCCACAGUUUGCACUCCCAGUCUAACAUCCUCUCGUUCUCCGCAGCUCGCAAUGAGCAAGAGGAGAUGGAGGAGAAGAGGGAGCUAAAACGAAGGCUAUCACGAAAGCUGAGCCAGAGGCCCACUGUAGAGGAGCUGAGACUGGCCAAAAUUCUCAUCCAUUUCAGUGACUACGUGGAAGUGUCCGAUGCCCAGGACUAUGACAGGAGGGCAGAUAAACCCUGGACCCGGCUCACAGCAGCUGACAAGGCAGCUAUACGGAAGGAACUCAACGAUUUCAAGAGCAACGAGAUGGAAGUGCACGAGUCAAGUCGCCAUUUAACCAGGUUUCACAGACCAUAGUAGACCACCACUGUCUAGAGCAGUGCCGGACCGGCGCUCUCCUCCACUGAGAACCUUAAGUGCUGGACAGUAAAACGGUGCCCGUUUCUACAAUAAGGCCAUGUCUUCUGGAAAUGCCUUUUCAAGACCCACACAACUGAGUCGGUACUACGCUCCCAAGAUGCAGACACCCACUACUCCAUCCACUGUAGUAGCACAUAAUGACUCCAGUUGAUCCACAUCGCCCCUUUAUGGAAUUUGCUCGACUGUCUUUUCUUCGACCUCUCUGCUGAGCUCUCAGGCAGACGCUCAGUUCUGUGGCGGCGGGAGGGUUUUUGUUUUUGCGAUUGAUUGACACUUUCAACAUCUACUGAGGGCGACCGUACCUUGGUUCAUCAAUAACACCAGUGGACUUGUCUCAGUGGACAUGUUUUUAUCCCCCUUCUUCGGACUCCUCUUAGCCCUUAUGGACAACUCUGUGCGAGGACGCAGGGUUGAUUGUUCUGUGAUCCGUCUGUACUGCACCUGCUGGGACUUUGGAAGCGGCUUAGAGGGACACACACAGGAGGCAGAGACGGAUCCAACAUUAGAAUCAUGUGCAAUAUUUUUUUCUUCUGCUUUUCCUAGGCUAUAGCACCCCCUAGAGUCCCCUCUGUGUCAUUACUACGUAGUCCUGACUUCUGUUCUUCCCUCAUACGUGCAAUUCUCACUGUACCGACAAUGUUGUCAUCUAAUUGCUAACUGUGAAUUUGAGCGUUUGGGCGAAGCCCGCGCUCUCUCCAAAUGUACAUUUUGUUUAUACUGAAGAAGGAAAGUUACAUUUAAAGAAGCAUCGUGCUUUGACCAAGUGUCAUUCAUGUCACAAUCUUUUACAUUUAAUGUAAAAAUUGCAGCUGGCUAGAUAUAUUCUGGUUCCAGCGUGUGCAACAAUUAUGUUUUAUAUUAUUUUGUCAGUUUUUAAUUGUUUUUGAUAGAGGCACUUGGAUCAUAAAUAAUUAAUUUACAUGUUUUUACAUGUCCUAUAACUCCUUGGAUUUGAAACCAAGAGUUGAUUCACCACAUAAGUGUUAUCCCGCACAUUUUAUGUGUUUGCAGCAGUGUGUUUAAUGAUAUCUGCUCAUAAUGUGCAUUGUAUUAUACACUUUACUUUUCUACUCAUGUCAUUAUAAGCUUUUGACCAAGCAAUAUCCGUUGUUUGUAGAGAAAAGGUUAAACUACAGGUGUACCCCCCUCACCAUUUUUUUUUUUUUUUUACUGUGCUACUAUACACUACACCUCACUUCAGGGUUUUAAUUUUCUUUUAUACUUUACUUUAGGAAGGCUUUAUUCAGGAGGACUUUUUUCUGCAUUUUUUUUGACUGAGCCACCAAAAACAUCUGCCUCUUUUAACAGCUUACCAACACAUUCGGACACGAUUUGAUUCUGUCUCAAAUCUACAAUUGAUGCAAUCUCAAUUUUGAAACCCGAGUCCAGGUAUUGGUGAAUUCAUUGAGUCAGGAUUUUUACAUUUUUAUUGCUAGAAUUCUUUGCACUGUUAAGAGUUUGGCUUUACAAUGGUCACUGUUUUAAGGUGUAAAAUAUUGUUGGAUAUCUGAUCUGUGACCAUUAUGUCUCUUCACUUGUUACCUGAUCACUGAUCCUACACCAGUACUCCAAUGCUCAUAAGCUUUACGUACACAGAAUAUUUUUAUUAUUUUUUACUGUUUUACUUUUAAAGUUGCAAUAUGAAAUUCUGUUCUGUCAGAUGAAGAGGAGCAGUAGAGGUGGAAGGCUGUUACUAUAAUGCAUCUGUCUGCAAAAGGAAAAUGUAUUCUCCUUUCAUUUCAAGGUCUCAAUCAGUGAUGGAUAGAUGACACAAUAAAACCCGGCAACCGGGAACAUAGAAAAUUGUUCUUCACUUUAUGGUUUUUAUGUGAAAUACUAGGGUUUAUCCUCAGAAUCAGGACACAGGUCAUUCUCAUGUCACGAUGCUCCUUUUGGGUCAUCUAAUCUCAGAGACUUUGAAAUAGGAGGUAAUUUUUUUUUUUGCUUCUGUAUGAUCCCAGCAACAUGCCAUUAUUUGAAAUUGUCCAUCCAUAGGUUCAGUACAAUAGAGCAUAAAUAGGAAUGAAUUUACACAAAUAUACGCUCCAGUUCUCAUUUCAGCUCUCAGAAAUGAAAGAAACAAACCUGAGCCACCGGGCUGAGCAUGAGCUUUUCCAUUUUGCUGGAAUCAAGGGACAUGAAUUCAGCAAUAAUCUGUUUCCUUUUACAUGUCGGUGGAGCAACUGAACGUAUCUGAAAGUGUUACUUCAUUUUCAUUUUUUGAAAUACAGAAAACCAUGUAAAGGAUACAUCAUGCCAAUUAAAUUCCAUUUCUGAAUGCA